AUGCUAUGCCAUCAUUCCCUGUUCCCUCUCGUAUUUCAAACUUACUUCCUCAACCCCACCUUUUCACUCACCACACCCAUCCGCUUCCACCCACCCAUCCACUCCCCCCCAGCCCUUUCCUUCCCCCGCACCCUUUCAUCCCAAACCCCUCCCCUUUCCCCCGCCGCUCCGUCCAUCCCCCCUUUUCUUCGCCAGUCCGUCACGCCCAAUGGCAUGCCAGGAAUUGACGGCAUGAUCUCCACGAUUGCUCACGAAGUCACCGAGGCUGCUACCAACCCAGACGUCUCGUCCGGAUGGAUGGCCUCGGACGGCGAAGAGAAUGCCGAUAUGUGCGUGUGGCAGUAUGGAGAUGUUUCACAGGACACUGAUGGUGAUGGUAAUACGUAUGACUACAACAUGGUUGGGAACGAUGGGAUGCGGUUCAUGGUUGAAGCCAGCGCUGCUCUGCUGGAGCAGAGCAGCGUGUACGUGUACGAGUACGAGUACGACUACUCGCCUGAGGCUCUAGCAGCCAGCGCAACUCUCCUAGAGCAGAACCCUGACGUGUAUGUCACGUGGAACUACCGCAAGAAGGCUCCCUCCUUCUCCUUCUCCCCUCCCUCUUUGCCUUUCAGUUACUCGCCAGAAGCACUAGCCGCCAGCGCUGCUCUCUUAGAACAAAACCCUGACGUGUAUGUGACGUGGAACUACCGCAAGAAGGCGUUUGCCCACCGAUGCGGCGCUCUGGAGGCAGGGGAGGGUGGGAGCAGGGAGGGGAAAGCGGUGCAGAGGGGUUCGGAGGUGAAAGAGGGGGAGAAGGAGGCGCAGGGGAAAGAGGGACAGGGGGAGGGGGGGAAAGAGGCGCAGGGAGAGGGGGGAUCAGGGGAGGGAGAGGUGGGGACGGAUGGGGCAAUGGGUGAGGCGGAGAGUGCAGGAGGGAGGGGUGACAAGAGGGGAGAGAGUGAAGUUGGGGGGGAGAAUGAUGGGAAGCAGGGAGAGGAGCAGGAGAGGAUAGAAGCAGCCCUACGGACCAACCCCAAGUGCUACGGCGCCUGGCACCACCGCAAGUGGCUCUUCGCCCUCUCCUCCACCGAGCCUCUCCCGAGCCUCGGAGCCAACCUCGGGCCGAGCCUGCAGCAGGUUCGGAUCAAUCUGCGGACGGAGGCUCGGAUCGCCCGGGAGCAGAAGCUGCUGGGGAUGAUGCUGAGUGCCGAUGAUCGGAACUUCCACGCCUGGGACUACUGGAGGUUCAUGUCACAUGUGGCCCGCAUGUCACCAUCCAAGGACUUGGGUUUCACCAUGGAGCGAAUCAACGCCAACUUCAGCAACUACAGCGCGUGGCACAGCCGCAGCAAGCUGCUACCAAUGCUCCACGCGUGCCCACCACCACCAACCACGCCCACUGCACCAGAGGCAAAGGGGUUGCCGCAGGCAGCAUUGGAGGAGGAGUGUGAGUUGGUGCGCCAGGCCUUCUUUACGGAGCCAGAGGAUCAGAGUGGGUGGAUGUACCAGCAUUGGCUGCUGCAGCAGAUCCUGCCGCCCCUGCCGCCCCGCCUCCUCUCCUCCUGGCCUUCGCCUGGAAGCACUGUCUGCUACUCCUCACCUGAAAAUCCACCUGAGAAAUCUUCUGGAGGCGAUUCUGCAGCUGGGGAGGGCGUUUCCGAAUCUUCUCCCAGAGCUCCGAGGCAGGUUCGGAUGUCGGCGGUGCUGGUGUUCUCCGAACCUGUGGUGGGGGUGACAAGAGAGAGUGUGACUCUAAUGGGGGCUGGGAUGGAGGUGGGCGAGUGGAGGGCUGUGGGGGGCGAAGAGGCGUGGCUUUCCGGGCGGCAGUCUGGCUGUGAGAGGGAAACGGGCGGUGAUGUGGGGCCGAAGAGUGCGUCUUGCGAUGUGUCGUGUGACUUGGACCAUGCCGUGCCUGUGUGGUGUGGUCCCUCCAACACCAAGAAGAAUAGCUCAACCCAUUUCUCGUAUCCCGUCUCCUUUCCUCCUGCUUCCAGCUUCGGUUCCUCUCUCGCACUCUCAAACCCAAAACCCCGCUCCCCUUCCCUUCCUGCUCCCCCUUGCUUGCAGCAAGUUAGCUAUCCCCUCCUUCGCCCACCUGUUCUCCACUUCUUGAGUCAACUGAAACAAUCCCCCAUUCCCCCCUCCCUGCUUCCGCCCCUUUCCAACCCUUCAACCAUCGUCUUCCAGCAAGUGGGCUCUCCUCUCUCUCUCCCGCCUCCUCUCCACUCAUUGACAAGUGGGCUCUCCUCUCUCUCGCCCGCCUCCUCUCCACACGCCGCCAGCUCCACCACCUCUUGCCGAACCUACCCGUGCAGGCUCGGCAAGAUGCCGAGGCUUGUGAAGAGGUGCGCCGCUCCUCUCGCCCACCUCCCCUCUCUGCAUGCUCUGGCGCUUCAGAAUCUGCAAGUGCUGGACCUCUCCCACAACCACAUCGCCUUCUCCUCAGCCAUCGCUCCUCUCGCCCACCUGCCCGCCCUCCGCACUCUCUCCCUCGCCCACAACCUCCUGGGAGCCAAACCAGCGCUUCAGAAUCUGCAAGUCCUGGACCUCUCUCACAACAGCAUCGCCUUCUCAUCAGCCAUCGCUCCUCUCGCCCACCUGCCCGCCCUCCGCGCUCUCUCCCUGGCUCACAACCUCCUGGGAGGCAAACCAGUUGACCGCCACCGCUACUGCCACCCCUCCCCACGAUGCAACCGGUUCCCCUCUUGGAACAUGCCAAGUAACAGCACGGGGGACGAAGUUUCCUCGUCUGCCGAAGCAGCAGCAGCAGCAGCAGCAGCAACAGUGGAUCUGGUUCAGCAGCAUUCGAACCUGUGGACGGUGCUGCAAUGCCUGGGCGGGCUGCGCCAGGUGGCAGUGCUUGAUUUGACGGGGAAUCCUGUUUGUCAGUGGGAUGGGUAUCGGCAGCUGGUUCUUUCCCUGCUGCCACAGCUGGUACUCUUCGAUGGGGGCUCUGUGUGA